UGCAAGGGAGGGCGGGCGAGCGGCUGGAGGAGCUGAUGCUGCAAAGCCGCCCGACUCCCAGUGGGGACCAUGAGGAGCUCAGAGCGGGAAGACGAGAGUGGAGAGGCAGCGCUUAGCUUCGCCCGGCCCCGGUGAAGCCACCGCGCUUGACUAUGGCUGGGGGGAGGCGAGGGCUGGUGGCUCCGCAGAAUACCUUCCUGGAGAACAUUGUGCGGAGAUCCAACGAUACAAAUUUUGUCCUGGGUAAUGCCCAGAUAGUGGACUGGCCUAUUGUAUAUAGCAAUGACGGAUUUUGCAAGCUCUCAGGAUACCACAGAGCAGAAGUUAUGCAAAAAAGCAGCACCUGCAGUUUUAUGUAUGGAGAGCUGACGGACAAAGAAACCGUUGACAAAGUUCGACAAACAUUUGAGAAUUACGAGAUGAACUCCUUUGAAAUCUUGAUGUAUAAAAAGAACAGGACACCUGUUUGGUUCUUUGUGAAAAUAGCUCCCAUUCGAAAUGAACAGGAUAAAGUGGUAUUAUUUCUUUGCACUUUCAAUGAUAUAACAGCUUUCAAACAGCCUAUUGAAGAUGAUUCCUACAAAGGCUGGGGAAAGUUUGCUCGCUUGACACGUGCACUCACGAGCAGCCGAGGAGUCCUCCAGCAGCUUGCUCCCAGUGUGCAAAAAGGAGAGAAUGUUCAUAAGCAUUCCCGUCUUGCCGAGGUACUUCAGUUAGGCUCUGAAAUCCUCCCUCAAUACAAGCAAGAGGCACCAAAGACUCCACCACAUAUCAUUUUACAUUACUGUGUUUUCAAGACCACUUGGGAUUGGGUCAUCCUGAUUUUAACCUUCUACACCGCUAUUUUGGUCCCUUACAAUGUUUCCUUUAAAACCAAACAGAACAAUGUGGCCUGGCUGGUAGUGGACAGCAUUGUUGAUGUUAUUUUUCUGGUAGACAUUGUGCUCAAUUUUCAUACCACUUUUGUCGGGCCAGCAGGAGAGGUAAUCUCUGACCCCAAGCUGAUCCGCAUGAACUACCUGAAGACAUGGUUUGUGAUUGACCUCCUGUCAUGCUUGCCAUAUGAUGUCAUCAAUGCUUUUGAGAAUGUUGAUGAAGGUAUCAGUAGUCUGUUUAGUUCUCUAAAAGUAGUCAGGCUACUUCGGCUGGGCCGUGUGGCUCGAAAACUGGACCAUUACAUUGAGUAUGGAGCAGCUGUCUUGGUUUUGUUGGUCUGCGUAUUUGGUCUUGCAGCCCACUGGCUAGCCUGCAUUUGGUACAGUAUUGGAGACAAUGAAGUUAUCGAUAGAAACAAAAUCAGGAAUGAAAGUUGGCUGUACCAGCUAGGGGAAUCCAUUGGAUCACCAUAUCAAUUUAAUAAGACAGGAACUGGAAAAUGGGAAGGAGGACCAAGCAAGAAUUCUGUUUAUAUCUCUUCGUUAUACUUUACAAUGACUUGUCUCACAAGUGUUGGAUUUGGGAAUAUUGCACCAACCACAGAUGAUGAGAAGAUCUUUGCUGUUGCUAUGAUGAUGAUCGGCUCUUUGCUAUAUGCAACCAUUUUUGGCAAUGUGACAACUAUCUUCCAGCAAAUGUAUGCUAACACAAAUAGAUACCAUGAGAUGCUGAACAGUGUCCGGGAUUUCCUGAAACUCUAUCAAGUGCCAAAAGGCUUGAGUGAACGUGUGAUGGACUAUAUUGUUUCUACUUGGUCAAUGUCCAGGGGAAUAGAUACUGAAAAGGUUUUACAGAUUUGCCCUAAGGAUAUGCGGGCAGAUAUCUGUGUCCAUCUGAAUCGUAAAGUUUUUAAGGAGCAUCCUGCAUUCAGACUGGCUAGCGACGGAUGUCUGCGUGCUCUUGCAAUGGAAUUUCAGACUGUUCACUGUGCUCCUGGGGAUCUUAUUUACCAUGCUGGAGAAAGUGUGGAUAACCUUUGUUUUGUGGUUUCGGGGUCCUUGGAAGUAAUCCAGGAUGAUGAAGUUGUUGCCAUUCUGGGCAAAGGAGAUGUUUUUGGUGAUGUCUUCUGGAAAGAAACUACCCUUGCCCAAUCUUGUGCUAAUGUAAGGGCACUGACUUACUGUGACCUUCAUGUGAUCAAAAGGGAUGCCUUACAGAAAGUAUUGGAGUUCUAUACAGCCUUUUCACACUCUUUCUCAAGGAACCUCAUAUUGACCUACAAUCUGCGGAAAAGGAUUGUAUUCCGGAAGAUCAGUGAUGUCAAGCGGGAAGAAGAAGAAAGGAUGAAAAGAAAGAAUGAGGCACCUUUAGUUCUGCCACCUGACCAUCCUGUCCGUCGGCUAUUUCAAAGAUUUAGGCAACAGAAGGAAGCCCGAUUAGCAGCAGAAAGAGGCAGAGAUGACCUAGAUGUGGAAAAAGGCAACAUUUUGGGAGAUCAUCCUUCACGCACCAUUGUAAAAGCUAGCAUUGUAACUGUCAGGGAGAGUCCUGCCACACCUGUUGCCUAUCAAUCUGCUUCUACAUCUGGUGUGUCUGACCAAGCAAAACUACAAGCUCCUCUGUCAGAAUACACAGGUACCAAAGUGACAGGUGAUCUUCCAAAGCGCAAAGGCUGGACCAAAUUCAAAGAUGCCUGUGGGAAGGGAGAAGACUGGAACAAAGUCUCCAAAGCAGAAUCCAUGGAAACUUUGCCAGAGAGAACAAGAGCAGCAGGAGAAGCCACUCUGAAGAAGACAGACUCCUGUGACAGCGGCAUCACAAAAAGCGAUCUGCGUUUGGACAAUGUCGGGGAGACACGGAGUCCUCAGGACAGAAGUCCUGUCCUGGCAGAGGUCAAACACACUUUCUAUCCUAUUCCUGAACAGACUCUUCAGGCAACUGUCCUGGAAGUGAAGCAUGAGCUGAAAGAGGACAUCAAAGCUUUAAACACAAAAAUGACUAAUAUAGAAAAACAGCUCACUGAGAUACUAAGGAUAUUAGCCUCUAGAAGAAGUUCUCAGUCACAACAGGAGCUGUAUGAAAUAUCAAGACCCCAGUCUCCAGAAUCAGAAAAAGACAUUUUUGGAGCAAGCUGAGGUGUUUCUUCAAAACAAGAGCGAACAGAAUAUCCCCACAAACACCACUUAACAUUUUUUAAACAAAACAAAACAUUUAGUCUUUUCUUGAUGAUAACCACUGAGGGGGCAGCCCAUUAAGCAUGUCCCCUAUCUCUCUAAACAGUACAGUAACAGGAAUUGCAACAUCAUGUCAAGAUGGCAGCUGAUUCUGAAGUCUUUUUGACAGCAAGGGUACAGUUUAUAAUGUUUUCCUACUUCUUCAUUAGAGAUCCUUUCCCCCCCCCCAAAUGAUUGCUUGUUUUUAAAAAAAAGCAUUUUUAGAAAAGUGACAUUAGGUCUAACUCAUAUGCUUAUCUGUAGAAAUACUUCUUUGAGGGACUGCAGCAAACGAAUGUAUCUCCCUGUAUAUAAGGUAAUAACUGAUAUGAGGGCUCCACA